UUUGAUGACGUCGUACGUACAGCAACGUAACGUAACAUUUACGGAAAGGUUCAGCGGGUUUCCGCUUUAUUUUGGCGUAACUUAAACUAACUACACUGUUAUUUCUCCAUAUAACGUUAAUGCACAUCACCUGUAUUUAAAGCUUGGGAAUCGACCACUUCGCAUCAAGAUGUCGUACAUGCUACCACAUCUCCACAAUGGCUGGCAGGUCGACCAAGCCAUCCUGUCUGAGGAGGACCGGGUCCUCGUGAUCCGCUUCGGACACGACUGGGACCCGACAUGCAUGAAAAUGGACGAAGUUCUCUACAGCAUCGCUGAAAAGGUAAAGAAUUUUGCGGUCAUUUACCUAGUGGACAUCACAGAAGUGCCUGACUUCAACAAGAUGUACGAGUUGUACGACCCCUGCACCGUCAUGUUCUUUUUCAGGAACAAACACAUCAUGAUUGAUUUGGGCACCGGUAAUAACAACAAGAUCAACUGGACAAUGGAGGACAAGCAGGAGAUGAUAGACAUUGUUGAAACAGUGUACCGAGGAGCAAGAAAAGGAAGAGGUCUGGUGGUGUCUCCAAAGGAUUAUUCUACGAAAUACAGAUAUUGAUUUUUAUUUUUGUCCUCCAGCAGUUGUUUUUCUUGUAUGAUAUUUUGUGACCUGAAACAGAGACUACAAGUUACAGAAGUCAAGGAAGAUCUUUUUCCUCUUUUUCAACAUUUUCGUUUUUGCCAGUGAAACAGAACAAUAUUCUUAUUAUUGGUCACCAUUGUGUUACUUUGUGCCAUUUGUGUGUAGAUUGAAGUUUUAUUCAGUUUCUUCAUCAAAAAGUUGUCUUUUUUUCUUGAAAACCCUAAUCCUAAUAAACAUGGAUGGUUUUUUACAUAAGUG